AUGAUCUUCGAGGCGGCCAUGGUGUUGGUUGACUCAAAUGCCCUCCGGGGGCAACGUUCCCAUGGGCCCUCCCAUUUGCCCUACCAGGUGCGGCGCCCUAAGGGGCCCUCGCAGGAACGUCGGCGCACCCAGUGGCCGUCCCAGGGGCGGCGACGCCCCCAAGGACCCUCCCUAGGAUGUCAGACUUCUCCGGGGCAACGCCCCAUGGGCCCCCUCCCAUUUGCCUUGAAUACCAGGUGCGGCGCCCUUAGGGGCUCCUCGGCAGGAACGUCGGCGCACCCAGUGGUCAAGUCCCAGGGCGGUGACGCCCCUCAUGACCCUCCUCCUAGCGGCGGCGUUCCGCCUCCCAAAGGUGGCGGAGGGUCUCUAACAGGCAUUUUGCCCCCGCCCCCCCGGGCCCUUCCAGGGGCUGGCGCUUCCCAGGCCCUCCCACAGCUGUCGGCGGCCCCAGGCCCCAUGGAUAGCGGUACCCCAGGCCCCAGGGCGGGGGCACACCACGGGCCUAAUAGAGACGUCCUCGCAGGGAUCCCUAUAGUUGUGCGGCGCUUCCAGGGGCAUUCCCAGGGGCAACGGCGCACUCAGUGCCCCCGGAGCCCUCUCAGGGACAACGGCGCUCUGAGGGGCCCUGCCAGGGGAUGUGGAGUCCCAGGAGCCCUGGGAGGGUCGUUGGUGCCCCCAGGGGCCUUCCCAGGGGCGGUGGGGCUUUCAGGUGCCCUCCCAGAUGCUGAAGCGCUACUAGUGGCCUUCCCAAUGGAGGCAGCACCCUCAGGGGACCACUUUAGGUGUUGCUGGGACCCCAGGGCUUGCCAGGGUCUUCUGUCUUGUUACAUGCCCUCCGGGGGCAACGCUCCCAUGGGCCCUCCCAUUUGCCCUACCAGGUGCGGCGCCCUAAGGGGCCCUCGCAGGAACGUCGGCGCACCCAGUGGCCGUCCCAGGGGCGGCGACGCCCCCAAGGACCCUCCCUAG